GGCGGCGCGGCGGAACCGGCGAUGCUGCUCUUCUGCCCGGCCUGCGGGAACGUGCUGGUGGCCGAGGAGGGGCCGCGCUGCCACCGCUUCGCCUGCACCACCUGUCCCUACGUGCGCAACGUCACGCGGAAGGUGACGAGCAGGAAGUACCCGCGGCUGAAGGAGGUGGACGAUGUGCUGGGCGGCGCCGCGGCCUGGGAGAACGUGGACUCCACGGCAGAGCCGUGCCCCAAGUGCGAGCACCCCCGCGCCUACUUCAUGCAGAUCCAGACGCGCUCGGCCGACGAGCCCAUGACCACCUUCUACAAGUGCUGCAACCCGCAGUGCGGGCACCGCUGGCGGGACUGAGGGGCCGCGGGGAGCGGGGCCGCGGCUCCUGCAAUAAACCGGGCUCUGCCGGCAAACCAGCGGCUGCUGCGUGCUUCCUUUGGGCCUGGCAGGGAUGGGGAACGGGCUCCAGCCCGGAGCUGCGGCCCCGGCCAGGGCAGGGGGGAUAAAGCCGUGCUGGAAACAGACGGGCCCGACGGUGACCGAGCUGAAGCACGGGGAGGAAAGCCCAGCCCUGGGGCAGCUGCUGUGCCACGGCACAGAAGGUAAAGCAGAGGUGAAGCGUUGACGCUGUAGCCUUAAACAGAGCCAA